AUGGCUGCUCCAAGAACUGUUAGCGCCUACGCUGCCUUCGAGCCAUCGGGCAACAUCGUACCGUACCAGUACGAGUCUCGUCCGCUUGGUCCUGAAGACGUCGAGAUCAAGAUCUCACACUGUGGCAUCUGCGCCUCGGAUAUCCACCACCUCAACAGCGACAGAAGGCCUACAAUGUACCCGUGCGUGGCUGGCCACGAAGUCAUUGGUGAGGUGACUGUAGCUGGCCUCAGUGUGAAGAACCUGGCGGUGGGCGACCGCGUCGGUGUUGGUGCACACGUCUGGUCGUGCCUCAAUAGGGACCCCAAAAGGCCCUGCGAGGACUGCGCCGACGGAGAGGUUGCCUACUGUGAGCACACGGUGAUCGCAUUCAAUGCGAAGUAUGAGGACGGGGCGAUGGCGUAUGGCGGCUUCGCUGAGUACGUUCGAGUCGACAGCAACUUCGCGUUCAAGAUCCCCGACAACAUUCCGUCCGCUUCCGCUGCGCCGUUGCUGUGUGCUGGUGUGACUGUCUUCACGCCACUAAGGCGCUACGUGAAGCCUGGCGAUCAUGUGGGUGUCAUCGGUAUCGGUGGGCUGGGCCAUCUCGCCAUCCAGUUCAUCCAAGCGCGGCACGUUCAUCAUGGUUGGUGUCCCCAAUGA